AUGAGUUUCGAAAACGAGCAAUAUGCCGUCGCCGACGAGAUCGCUGCGUUUUUCACAAAGACACCCGUGAGCCGCGAGGCGUGCGACAGCCUGGCCAAGGAACUGGUCGGCGGCGACAGCGUCGUCCCGGUCGCGGUGCAGGGCGCUUGUUCGUACACCGUCUACGCCGGCCAUGAGUUAAGCCAUGUCGUUCAGUUUCGCCUCCAGUCGCUCGAGCUCAAGGGGGAGACGGCAGCUCUCGCCCGGCGCAUAUUCGGGGCCUUGGCGCCCGACGUGUCCUUCCGACGGCAGCUCGGUGACGCGUCCAUGGCCGAUGCGGGCCGAGAGCCAUUGCUCGUGUACACGAUGACGCGCAUACGAGGGAUAAGCCGCCUGGACUUUGUGCUCGCACACGGCUUCCCCGAAAACUCACCGACCAACAAGAUCCGACGGAAGACGCUGAUCCAAGAUGUGGCAAGCUUCUUUGCUCUCGCGUGGAAAACGCCGCAGACGGUCGACACGGCCUAUCGCGACCACAUGGCCGCGACGUUUGAGACCGAACUGCACAUCUUGCUCCGUGCCCUCCCCGACCGCUUCCAUCCCGUCCUCCGCGCGACGCUGCGAUCUCUGCCGGACAUUCUCGCGCUUCCCAUGGUUCUUCUCCACAAGGACUUGGGCGACUGCAACAUCAUGGUCGACGAGGCGUCUUGCCACCUGGUCGGCGUCAUUGACUGGGCCGAGGCGGAGAUCGGCCCCUUUGGCACCAACCUCCAUUCCCUGCAAGAUCUGAUGAGCAAACUGCAUCUCAAGAACGGAUGGAUCCGGUACGAGGACUACGACGAUCUGGUGGCUUGUUUUUGGGAGACCCUGGACGGCGCGGUUGGCGGCCUGGACGAAGACACGAGGAAAGCCAUCAAGGCGGCGCGCGUCUUGGGCUUGUUGCGGUCCUGGGCCUUCACCAGCCGGCUUGCCAAUGAGCCCGCCCCGGUGCCCAUCCGAGACGACGAGAGCGGGCGGUACAGGAUGAUGAUUCUUGAGGGUCUGCUCCUGGACCCCGCGACACGAUUCGAGGGAUUGGAGGAGUGGAUCGGAGCAGACGGGAGGGAAGACCUUUGA